AUGCUUUUCAUGAAUGCUAUGAAAUCUGUCCUUUCGACUCGGUUGUGGUCCGGCUGCUUCUUGUUGCUGCCAGCCCUUUGUCAGGCCUCGUCGCGUCACUGCGAUGCAUGGGACUCGGCACCAACGGUGACACUGGCGUCCGGGGUUCUCGUCGGCACGACGACCUCACUCCCCUCCGCAACGGCUGUGGUGAAUAAGUUCCUUGGGGUCCCCUUUGCGAACUCCCCUCCGGAACGGUUCUCCCCUCCGCAAGAUCCCCGGCCUUGGUCACAGCCUUUGUCUGUCCUUGCUGUCAAGCCAGCAUGCAUUCAGCAGUGGCCCUAUGCCCAGGAAGUUCGGGACUUCGUUCAAAGGCUCUGGAACAAUCCAGGGGGCCCGCCGCCUGCUGAAAGUGAGGACUGCUUAUAUCUCAACGUAUUUGCUCCAUCCACCGCGCCACCCCCCGGGGGACGAGCUAUCUUGUUUUGGCUGUACGGCGGCUCGCUCCAGUGGGGGCAGGCGUCGAAUCUGUGGUAUGAUGGGUCUGUCCUGGCAGCAUACCAAGACGUCAUUGUGGUUGCGCCUAAUUAUCGAACGAAUGUGUUCGGAUUCUCUAAUUCGCCCCAACUACCCUUGGCUUCUCGUAACGCAGGCUUCCUUGACCAGCGGCAAGCUCUAGCCUGGGUCCAGGCCAAUAUCGUGCACUUCGGCGGCGACCCCAGCAAGGUGACCAUCUUCGGGUGGUCAGCUGGUGGCAGCUCGGUCGAUAACCUGGUCACCACCACACCGAAAGAUCCACCCUUCCGAGCGGCCAUCAUGGAGAGUGGCCAAUAUACCUACGGGACCUACUUUCCCAAGGGUGUGGGCCUUGCGGCAUGGCAAUCUCUCACCGAAGCUCUUAACUGCUCCGCAGUGAGGGAUGCUCUGGCAUGCGUCCGAGCCGCUGACGCCAUGAAGAUCAAAGAAAUCAUUGAGGUCGCCUCCCUCUUCUUCAUCCCCACUGUCGAUAACGUCACCCAACUCGCCAACCCUUCCCAAGCCCGCUCUGAGAGGCGCAUUGCCAAUGUGCCGCUCAUGCUCGGCACCACUGCGCAGGAAGCUCGCACGCCACUGGGCCUGAAUAACCUCAUGGCCUCCCUUGGAAACUCCUUUCCCGAUGAACCACAGCUGCGCGCCGAUAUCGUCGCCGCGUACCCGAUCGGCCAAGGAGGUCUGAAUACAGAGUACGAUAUCAUAACGCAGAUCGACACCGAAAUUAGGUCUCAAUGUGUCUCUAGCCUUAUCGCAUCCCGCAACAUCGAAGCCGGCUAUCCAACCUGGCGCUACAUCUUCAAUGCUACCUUCCCCAACAACGAAGCCUUUCCUAACGGCGGUGCCUACCAUGGCACUCAAGUCCCGCUCGUCUUCGGUACCUACCCAUCCGUCAACGCCACCGCCCAGGAAGUCGCACUGAGCAGCUACAUGCAAGCUGCGUGGGCGGGCUUCGCCAAGAAUCCAGAAAGAGGCCCUGGGUGGAAUCAGGUCGGCUCUUUCGAUGGGGUGGAUCUGGGGGUGCUGGGGCAGGGUGGCAGUGCUGGUGUAACGGUGAUGAAAUCGGCGGAGGUGGACUUCAGGUGUGGGCUUUAUUGGGCGGCUUUGGAACGGAACGGGAUAUUUUAUUGA